GUGGUAGGAGAGCGGGGAAAGGAGGAGGAGGAUAAGGAGGAGGAAGCGGACGAAGAUGAUCAUGACGGUGAAGAAUUCCGUGUGAGGGUAAGGAGAGAAGCAGCGCGAGGAGCGAGAGAUGAUAAGGUCCUUGCCAACCACCCAGAAAACGAGGGAGUCCAUGGGAGGAUCGGCCACCAACGACAGUUUUUUUGAGUCCCUGAGGAGGCGGUUGGUGUGUCGGGAAAGGUAGGUCGUCAGCAGAAACCUGUGGUGUUAGAUGUGAGAACGGCGGGUACGGUCAGCUGAAGACGCGAGUGUGAUUGUGUAGGACUGCUGCAUAUGCCAUUUUGUCAUGCGGAUGAGCGUGAGUGUAAUUGAAGAGGUGGAGGGGCGUGUUAUCAGCACAGUACUCUACCCAUGGCCAAGGAACGCCUUUUUUGUCCCUUAUUUUGACGAGGCGAGGAUGAGAAAAUGCUUCCAGAAUCAAGAGCACAGGUCGGUGGCUCGAGGCCCAUGGAACGUGUUUGGACGGCCAGGAUCAGGGGUUUGGUAUGGCUUAGUGCCGCCAUGGAAGAGGGCAACAAGCGCACAUUCAUGGGCGCAGGUGGUCCUGGGCAAAUGCAGCUGUCAGAAGGUGGUGCGCAAGGGCAGAGGCACACAGUUCAGCCAAGGGUCGACUUCAAUGAGAGGAUAUGCCUUGGUGUUUUUAUGAAAACUCUCAUGAAAAGAACCCUACUCCCUAAGGAAAAUGGUGAUGUGGCACUCUCAGAGCAAAGAGUGCCAUGUGCUCCAAGCAAAGGGCAGAGUGCCAUCUGUCUGAAGGAAAAAGGUGGUAGAUGCAGUUGGACUGCUGCUUGUCCCAGCGAGCGAAAAGAUGGUGGUUAGGUUCAGACCGCAAUGUGUCCUGAGACGCGGCUAGUCGGUACACAUUCGGGUGUCUCACACAGGCGAACAAUGAGCUACUUUCGCUCAACGUACCGCGACGUUUGAUGCAACUUUCAGUCGACAUACAGCGAUUAUGACCGGGCCUUCUAUUCGGGUAAACGACGGUAGCGGGAAUUGUCCCGAAGCAAGGGUGUCUAGAUGCAGUUGGACUGCUGCUACGGAUCCGAAUGACAAGAUCGUUCUUCCAAUCUCAACCAGACUGUGCAAAGCGUCCAGAGACAAGGCGGGGUAACUCAGCCGGGUGUCCCACACAGGCUGAUGGAAAGCUGGUGGGUUCUAUUGGAACUCCCAUGUGUCCCAAGGGUGCUGUGGUGGAUGGAGUCAGGGUGCCAUCUGUCCCAUGGUUGGCUGGAUUCCCUGCCACAGCGAGAACGAAGUCGAGGUUGACUUUGACUUAUGGGCCUCCGGAAUGGGUUGACUUUGACUUAUGGGCCUCUGUAACGGGUUGACUUUGACUUAUGGGCCUCCGCAAUCGCAGUGUCUGUCCGCGUUAGAUUGGUACCCAUGAUGUGUUUUCUAGUGGAUGCGUCUGUCAAGAGACGUGGUAAGUUUUGUGAAUCCCCCACCGAUGUGAAUGUGAAGCUCUGACGGAAAUCUUUUGCGCAUGACAUGGUGGAUUGUGAAUAUGAUUGCGUCUGUGAAUUGUCUUGUGUGGAGAUUGCCGGAUUUGAAUCUGUGCUUGCACACGGAGCAGGGCCUUGGGCCCAGAUGUACAGAUCUUUAAAAAUACCAUUGUGUGGACGGGGCUUCGGCUGGAUGCUCUCAAGCGAUUCUGCUUCACUCCUUUUUAACUGCUUUGAAUCGGAAUAAGUCACAUGAAAGAGUUUGUGAACACGUCAACAGGCCACCCUAGCUCCGGAAUUCAGGCCAAUAAGUCAAAGUCAACCCGUUUAAAGCCUCGGCUGCAGACGGGACACGCGUCUUGGGUUGGGUGUCUGCAGGUAUCCAGAAAAAUGUGGUCCACGUGGGACACGCGUGGGAAAUCUGAACCUGUACGCAAUUCCAGGCCAUUGGCUGAUGACUGAUCUGCCGAUCUGGGCCUCCGUACCCAGGAGAGCAGACAGAGGCUAGUGAACGAGAGUCGACACUAUAUGUUGAUGUUGAGGUUGACCCAGCGCCUGCUGGAGAGCAUUGAAUUUCAGUCUUGCUUGUGCGUUCGGCUUGUGCGACGAUGGGUCAAUGCUAGUGCGACGAUGGGAGACUGAUUAAGCGUUAUGCUGGUGCCAUUCUUUGUGCUUGGGGCCAGCCUUGUGGGUGAUUAUGCUGACGUGUCCAGAGCCUCACUGAUUCCGACAUUGAGGGAGCAUGGGUGAGUUGGAGGAGGAUCUGGACUGUGGAGUUGAUGUGUGGGAUGAGGGGAAGCGUACCUGGAGUGUGAUCUGCUGCUCGUCUUCAAGUGGACCUGUGCCAUCCUCGUUAGCUGUUACUGAAGUGGACGGGGUCACGGAGGAUGGGCGCAUUGUUGUGACCUGCGCAAGUACAUGUCAGAGAAUGUCAGAGGAGCACUGAUUUGCUGAGUUGGAAUUAGUGGGAGAUGCCCGAGGAGGAAGUGGGCGAGAGGUGGGGGCUACUGCGCUACUGACAAGGGACUAUCCUUUUCCUCUCCUCCUAUCUGUCUUAUCUCCCCACACCUCUGUCUCUUCUCUGGGUUAUGGUGUUGAGUGCAUCGGUUACCGCCUUUUCUGCAAAAGGCGAGAGCCCUCCUGGCCAUCUCACGCAGGAGGAAAAGAAAACCAAAACCAAGAGACAACUUAGAGACGAUGCAUAAAUAGUCCCCCGAACCACUGAGAUGGACGUGGUCACGUCGUCCCUUCGCCGCCCUAGCCGGGUCGGCCAGCUGUACUUCUUGCAGUCCCCUACGACAGGAUAGGAUGGUGGGAGAUUUCAUGUACCAAAAAAGCUUGGACUUAUCAUCGAUUUUUGGAGACAGCAUUGUUGCGCUGAAUUAUACGUGCAUCACAACAUGUUUGAGCUUCUCAUUUGUUUGGGUUCAUUACUUGGGUGUUGAUGAAGAAAGAAAUGGCUGCAGCAAACAGAAUGAAAGAUGCAGAAGAAGAAGGAACAUGAUUGUCUCGGUACUUUGCAAUGGCAGUAGUUAAUAUGGCUCCUUUUUCUGGGUGCUGCCUUCCAUUUGUGGUAGAAGAAGAAGAAGAAGAAGAAGGUUGGUGAUGGCGGACAAUGAUGUGAGGCACUUUGGAUCUCUCUCUCUCUCUCUCUCUCUCUCUCUCUCUCUCUCUCACACACACACACACACACACACACAAACACACACACACACACACAGACACCGCUUUGUGACAGGCUUUAAUGGGUUAAGGUAGUGCCUGCCGUACUGAACCGGGCCCAUCAGUGGCGUGAAGCGGGUCUGGGACUGUUUUGCGGCAGGGCUCCCAGUGGACGGUGCUCUUUUCAG